UUAGCUUUACUCAUUCCACUGCCAAACCCCCUCUACCCCGCCUUUCCUCAAUCAUCAAACCCCCCCUUCUCAAUCCGUAAACCCUAAAAUACACUCUCCAAUUCGUCGAUUCACUGAACGAUUCCUCGAUCUUCCCGCAGAUCUGGUCCCAAACGGUGGACAAAAGCUCCUCCUCCGGCGUGAACGACUCGUUCGUUCUUGAAUUCCGGAACCGAUUGUGGUAGAUCUGGUCUGUAGAGGCAGCGAUGUGGAUUUGGUACGGUAGCGGUGGUUCUCGGAGGGUUGAUCCGCCGUGGAAUUGAGGUGGUUCGGAGUUUUGGGAAAGAGCAACCUUUCUGUUGAAUUGUUUGGCGGGGGAGUCGUGUUGGUUAUGGCUGCUCUGCAGAAGCUGCCGCAUUCGAGCGCGGCGGCUAACGGGCCGCCGGUUUGCAAAGCAGAAGUGGUGGUACCGGAUCAGUUUCCGGCGGGUCUGAGAGUUCUUGUUGUGGAUGACGAUAUUAUCUGCUUGAGGAUUUUGGAGCAAAUGCUUCGCAGGUGCAUGUAUAACGUCACUACUUGCUCGCAGGCUACUGUAGCUUUGAGCAUGUUACGCGAGAGGAAAGGUUUCUUUGAUCUGGUUCUAAGUGAUGUUCAUAUGCCCGAUAUGGAUGGCUUUAAACUCCUGGAGCUUGUUGGGUUGGAGAUGGACCUUCCUGUCAUUAUGAUGUCAGCUGAUGGAAGAACCAGUGCAGUUAUGAGGGGAGUCAGACACGGGGCAUGUGAUUAUUUAAUUAAGCCUAUUCGUGAAGAAGAGUUGAAGAAUAUAUGGCAGCAUGUUGUAAGGAAAAAGUGGAACGAAAAUAAAGAGCAAGAGCAUUCUGGUAGUUUUGAUGAUAGUGACCGGCAUAAACGAGGAGCUGAUGAUGGUGAACAUGCUUCUUCUGUUAAUGAAGGAGCAGAAGGAAUAUUAAAAACACAAAAAAAGAGGAAAGAUACAAAAGAUGAAGAUGAUGGUGAAAUGGAAAAUGAUGACCCAGCUACAGCUAAGAAGCCACGUGUUGUGUGGUCAGUUGAGCUCCAUCAGCAAUUUGUUAGUGCUGUAAAUCAACUCGGGAUUGAUAAGGCUGUACCUAAGAGAAUUCUUGAAUUGAUGAAUGUUCCUGGUUUAACAAGAGAAAAUGUUGCAAGCCAUUUGCAGAAAUUCAGACUGUAUCUGAAGAGGGUAAGUGGAGUAACUCAACAAGCUGGAAUUCCUACUUCAUAUUGUGGGACUGUUGACCAGAAUGCAAAACUGGCUACACUAGGAAGAUUUGAUAUUCAAGCGUUGGCUGCUUCUAGCCAAAUUCCAACACAAACAUUAGCUGCUUUGCAUGCUGAGCUUUUGGGUCGACCCACUGGUAACUUAUUGUUACCUGGAAUGGACCAGUCACUACUGCAAGCAUCUCUACGGGGACCCAAAGGCAUCCCUGUUGACCCUGAGGUGGCAUAUGGCCAGCCUUUGAUGAGAUGUCCAUCCAACAUUUCCAAACAGUUUCCACAAACAAUCUUAACUGCUGAUGAUGUCCAUUCAGGACUUGGAGUGUGGCCAACUAAUGGCCUUGGUACUGUGGUGCCCAGCAGCAAUCUUGGUGGCUUGGGUGCUCAAAGUGGUAAUAUCUUAAUUGGUAUGUUGCAACAUCAACAACAACAGAAUCCCCAGCAGCAGCAGCAACAGCAGUCUAUAUUACCAGAACCCAGCCGUUCAAUUAAUGUGCAGCCUUCUUGCCUGGUGGUUCCCUCUCAUUCAUCAACCAGCUUUCAAGCAGGAAAGAGUCCCACUUCGGUUAAUCAUAACUGUAGCUUUAACAGGAAUUCUGCUACGGAUUACAACUUUGUAUCUCAGUCAAAUAGCUCUUCAUUUGGUGUUGGACAAUUCUCGGAUGGAGAUCUGAAGACUGGUGUGCUUAAUGGGUACUCAGGUCCUGGUGCCAUUUCUCCGUCUGUGUCAUCUUGCUCGACAAAUGCUGACAAUUGUGCUAGUAGGCAACUUCAGAACACAAUACUGGCAUCCAAUGCUGCCAGACUGUUCCCAGGGCUUGCUCCUAAUGUAUGUGAUAUCCAAGGUUCUUAUUGCACUGAGGCAGGUCAAGGACUUGAUCAGGACACACUAAGAAAUAGUGGAUUUGUUGGUAAAGGUACUUCCAUCCCUAGCAGGUUUGCAGUGGAUGAACCUGAGUCACCAAUGAGCAGUUGUGGAAAGAUGUAUGGAGAGAACCAUGGGAACAAGGUGAAGCAAGAACCUAGUGUGGACUUCCGUGAGAAUACCAAAGUGGGAAUCCCGAUAUUGCAAAAUUUUUCACCAAAUGAUCUCAUGAGCGUUUUCUCUGAAUAGCAGGUCGUGACCUUGUUGAGCAGAAGUUCUUAUUUCGGUGGUUGACAUGUAAUCAGUAUUACCAAGAGUGUGGAAGAAAUUGCAGCUAGGUUAUAUUCAUUGUACUGUAUACCUAAAGUGCAUUGGUACUUCCAUCAGACACAGAUUUCAAAUGGAGGUAAAAAAAAAAAAUUAGAAUAGCCUCAUGAAGAUAGUUAUCUUAAAUUGCUCAGGUAGGUUUUUUGACUAGCCUUAGUGAAUAAUCUGUGGCAAAAACUCCAACAGGUUGAGCUGGCCUUCAACAUGAAGGCAUCUCGCCAGCAUAAAUGUGUAGUUGCUUAGUUGCCAAAAUUCUCAUUUUUAUUGACACCCAUUAAAUCUAGAGUCUGGAAGAUUGAAGUA